AUAAGGUAAGCGGUAAGCCCUUAUCUGAAGUCCGGUGUCCAGAGAGUCCAGUCACCAGCUAUCGCCUCUGUUGUGUCUGCUGGGGGUGAGUUGAUGCAAGCGCUGCUCGCCGCCGCCAUGGCCGCCCAGACCGUGCUCUUCUCCACCGCCUACGCUUCUCCCCUCCUCCCUCCUUCCUCUGCCCGCCCUUUCCACUCCGCCUUCGUCGGUCAGUCCAUCCGUCUCCCCUCCACCGCCUCCUUCAAGCUUGCCAUGCCCGCCGUGUCGAAGCCCCUCACCGUCGUCGCCGCCGCCAAGAAGGCCGUCGCCGUCCUCAAGGGCAACUCGCAGGUCGAGGGCGUCGUCACCCUCGUCCAAGAAGACAACGGUCCUACAACAGUAAAAGUUCGUGUUACUGGACUUACACCUGGACUUCAUGGUUUCCAUCUACAUGAGUAUGGGGAUACUACCAAUGGGUGCAUAUCAACAGGGGCACAUUUUAACCCCAACAAUAUGACACAUGGUGCUCCUGAAGAUGAAGUCCGUCAUGCGGGUGACCUGGGAAACAUAGUUGCAAACACUGAAGGAGUAGCUGAGGCAACAAUUGUAGAUAACCAGAUUCCAUUGAGCGGACCAAAUUCGGUUGUCGGAAGAGCAUUUGUGGUUCAUGAGCUGGAGGAUGAUCUUGGAAAAGGGGGGCAUGAACUCAGCCUUACCACUGGAAAUGCAGGAGGAAGAUUGGCAUGUGGUGUUGUUGGGUUGACCCCCCUUGCGUGAUGGAUUCUAGUAUGCCAGAGGCACGAUCAAUCACCUGCAGACACUGGCAGAGUUGAAUGCAAAUAUCUUGGGCUACACAUAAUAUCAAUAUUUUGAUCCAUUUAUGUAGCAUGCCAGCUAAUAAUUUUGUCUUGUUCUAUGGUUAAAACAAUAAACUUAUUCUGUUUAUCUUUCAGACCAACCGAACGUUGAAUUUAUGCUGUAGCUUUUCUGUUUACCUUGGGGCACACCUCAUCCACAGCCCAAAGAGUAUUUCUGGCUCCUUUUGGCUCAGUGAGUUGGAUUAUGUGCUUGGUUGAAAAGAGCCUUGUGGCUUGUUGAUUUCUAAA